AUGAUGUUAAACAUUUCUAACUUAAUAUUUUUAAUUUUAACAACAAUCAAUAUUAUUACUGCAAAUCCCAUUAGUAACGCUACACUAGGGCCUUCUACCAAUGGAACACUAGCUAGUGAUGAAAACAGCUUUGAUUUAAAUUAUUUUAUAAAAAUACUAUCAUUUCCUUUGUAG